AUGACACCUGAUGAUGAUGUUAAGCACUUGUGUCAGAAGUUGGGCUGGAAGGGCAAGUUCGGUAUCCUUCCUCUGCUCCUGCAGGCUAACGGUCAAGACCCGGAUGUAUGCGAGAACCCACCGGAACUCAUUCUGGAGGUCAACAUAAAACACCCCAAGUUAGUCGAAACAAAGUCAAGUGACGCGUCGAUGACUUACGUAAUAGUUGCGGUGGCUAACAUGGUCUUCAACUGCGGAGGCCUGCUUUUCAACGCUGCGCAAUUCAACGGCUGGUGCAUGGGAACGGAGAUAGGAGCCAGGAACUUCUGUGAUCCCCACCGAUAUAACCUACUGGAGGAUAUCGCCAAACGGAUAGGCUUCGACCAUCGAAUGAGCUCUUCCCUCUGGAAGGAUCGAACUCUUGUCGAGAUAAACGUGGCGGUGCUGUACAGUUACCAGGUGGACGCUUGGAAGACGCAUGUUCUGGACGAGGGACAAUCAGCGGAGCAAGUCCAAUGCGGGCAGACCACGCGGGAAAAUCGUUUCGGAGAGAUCGCCAGGUAUGGUGCCGCGUUCCUGACAACUGAAGUAAGCCGCUUCAGUGGCGAUAUUGUUACAUUUCCUUACAACUCUAAGGUCAAGAAUGUUGGUACUGAAAGUUAUAGAAAUGACUGGCUUAACUUGUGACGAAAACUUA